UUCGGUCAUCGGAAGAGCUAAGACGUCUUAAGCCCAGUGCCCUCAAGUUACUUCGUUCGAGCGUUCGUUUGUGAGAAAAAAGAAAAGAAAAAAAAAGAAGGAAAUUCUUUAUCACACUUUAAAAGUGAGACUAUCGUCCCAUUGUUGUAUCCUGUGAAAAGGGCAGUUUUUCCAUCGCAGAAAAAAGGACUCUUCCCUUCGGUGAAAAAGACGAAGCAUUUUUACGCGAAAUACAAGAAGGGAAAGGAAAAGUGUUUUUUCUCCUUUCCUCUUGGUGUGGAAAAGUGCUCUCGGCAGGGGAAAAGUUAUAUUUGGAAAAAUCACUCGUCGCAGUGUGUGCACACGCGGGAUUCGAAAGUGGCGGUAAAAGUGAACCUAAAAGUGAAAAACGAAAAUAAGAACGUUGUGAAAUUCGUUGGACACACCAUCACAAACGGACUGUAAAACGUAUAUCGGUGUGAACGAGGACCUUUCGUCGAAACUCAGUGCAUUUUGUUUUACAAGUUUUCUUUUUUAUCGGUUAAAUUAAUCAUAAAAGUGUUUAAUUAAGUUGAAAUCAAAAGACAUUAUCCACACUACUAUAUCCCUAUAUAAUACUACGUUACAAGUGAUCUGAUUCAAAAUCUUCAGUCUUCCUCUGUCGAACAGAACCACUGCUGAUCGAUCGCAUAGUCAGUGUAAAUCUAAGUGAAAAAUAACUUUGACCCAUUUAAAGUGAGUGUGGUGAUUUAAAUCAGUGCACGUGUGUGACGCAACUCGAACAACUUCCGGUUUCCCCUCAGAGAGUGAGAGAAAAAAAGAACAAAUUUUCCGGCCGCGCACGUGUAGAAUGGCCCCACCCAACAAUGAGUUUACAGCAGUCCAAGUGAUUGUGUCCCGUGGUGAAAAGGAUGAGGUCCGCGAGCAAUGUCAGCAGCAAGAUGCAAAUAAGCCGGUGGCCAACGACUGGGACGCACCAGCAGCACAAGGUCUUUACGAUCCACAGAACGAGCAUGAGGCCUGCGGUGUGGGCUUCAUCGUGUCGAUCGAGGGAAAGGCCAACCAUAAGAUCUUACGUGAUGCCCAAACAUUGGCAAUUCGCAUGAACCAUCGUGGUGCAUGCGCCUGUGAUAACGACACUGGAGAUGGUGCUGGAGUUUGCACCUCGAUUCCGCAUGCCCUGUACUCCAAGGAGCUUGCAUCUCGUGGCGUCCAGCUGCCGGAACUGGGCCAAUAUGCGACGGGAAUCUUCUACUUGGAUAAGAACUCCCACGAGGAGGCCGCGAAGGACUUCAACACGCUGGCAGAGAGCCUCGGAAUACAGGUGAUCUGUUGGCGCGACGUUCCGACGAACCAGGACGCCGUUGGAGCGGUUGCCCGCAAGAGUGAGCCGCUGUCGAAGCAGGUCUUCGUAACGGCCGACGUCGACGAGGAAACCUUCAAGCGGCAGGUCUUUGUGCUGCGUAAGCGGGCAACCCACGAGCUGACGCGCCCAGGACGUCGGUUCUACAUCUGCUCGCUGUCAACCAAGACCAUCGUGUACAAGGGUCUGUUCACGUCGGACCAGCUCUGGGAGUACUACUUGGACCUGAAGAAUCCGGAGUUCCUCACCUACCUGGCGCUGGUGCACACCCGCUUCAGCACCAACACCUUCCCCUCGUGGGAACGGGCCCAUCCGCUGCGUGUACUGGCGCACAACGGUGAAAUCAACACGCUACGCGGUAACGUCAACUUCAUGAAGGCUCGCGAGGGCGUCAUGAAGUCGGACGCGUUCGGCGAGGACCUCAAGAAGCUGUACCCGGUCGUGGAGCCCAACCUGUCCGAUUCGGGCUCGUGCGAUUGCGUGCUGGAGUUCUUGACCCAAGUCGGCAACCGAUCGCUGCCGGAGGCUGUCAUGACGAUGGUUCCGGAAGCGUGGCAAAACGAUCGCACCAUGUCGCAGGAGAAGCGUGACUUCUACCACUGGUCGGCGUGCGUGAUGGAGCCCUGGGAUGGUCCGGCGCUAAUCUCCUUCACCGACGGCCGCUACAUCGGAGCGAUCCUCGAUCGGAACGGUUUGCGCCCGUCCCGGUUCUACGUAACAAAGGACAAUCUGCUCAUCAUGGCAUCGGAAGUUGGCGUUUAUGACGUAGAUCCCAAAGACGUCGCGCUCAAGAGUCGUCUAAAGCCAGGCCGUAUGUUGCUGGUAGACACCGAGCAGAAGUCGCUGAUUCAGGACAUUGAGCUAAAGACCCAUAUCGCCAAGUCACGCCCGCACACCGAAUGGCUGUCCCAACAGAUUCUGAUGGACGAUAUCCGUCGCGAUGCGGUCGCAAAGAACCUCUGCACGGAUUUGGCCAACAACCUGCCGGCCGACGGUAAGCGCGGUAUGCUCGAUACCCGCUUGCAGCUGUACGGUUACACCACGGAAACGAUCCACAUGCUGCUGCUGCCGAUGAUCAAGAACAAGAAGGAAGCGCUCGGUUCCAUGGGUAACGAUGCCCCGCUCGCGUGUCUCUCUGCAUUCCAACCGCUCCCGUACGAGUACUUUAAGCAGCUUUUCGCACAAGUUACCAACCCACCAAUUGAUCCAUUCCGUGAAAAGAUCAUCAUGUCACUGCAGUGUCCCGUUGGGCCGGAAGCCAACCUGUUGUUGGCUUCGCCCUCGCAGGUACAUCGCAUCUGGUUAGAUAAUCCUAUUCUAAGCAUUCCGGAUGCUGAGAUCCUCAAGCGGAAUCAGCAUCGUGGAUGGCAGACUAAGGUAAUUGAUAUUACAUUCCCAGCUAAAGAGGGUCCGGAGGGUUAUCAAACCGGGUUGCGGCGUGUCUGCGCCGAAGCGCUCAGCGCAGCCAAAAGCGGCUUCCAGCUGCUCGUGCUGUCGGACCGUGGCGCCAGCCAGGAACGAGCGCCGAUUUCGGCCCUGCUCGCACUGGGUGCCGUCCAUCACCAUCUGAUUGAGACGCGCCAGCGCAUGAAGGUCGGCUUGAUCGUUGAGACGGCCGAGUCGCGUGAGGUACACCACAUGUGUGUACUGCUGGGAUACGGCGCCGACGCCAUCUGUCCUUACCUGGUGUUCGAACUGGCCGAGGCCCUGCGCGAUGAGACCGUUAUCGAUCCGACGCUGACCAACGACGCGAUCUACAAGGCUUACGCGCAAGCCGUUGAAACGGGUAUCUUGAAGGUGAUGGCAAAAAUGGGCAUUUCAACGUUGCAAUCGUACAAGGGAGCUCAGAUCUUCGAAGCCGUUGGCAUGGGUGCCGAUGUGAUCGAUUUCUGCUUCCGCGGAACCCAAUCGCGAAUUGGUGGAGUGAGUCUCGAGGUGCUUGCAAAGGAAGGACUUGAACGCCAUGGCAUGGUGUACGGAAUCCACAACACCGACACAAAGAUUCUUCGCAACCCCGGACAGUUCCACUGGAGAGCGGGAGGUGAAGGACACAUCAACGAACCUGCAGCCAUCGCGGCCCUCCAAGAGGCUACAAUCAACGAGAACAAGGAUGCUUACGCCCGUUUCCGUGAUACCACCAUGAAGAGCGUCCAGAUGUGUGCCCUGCGUGGCCAGCUGGAGUUUAUCAAGGGUCGCCCCAAGAUCGACAUCUCCGAGGUAGAACCGGCCAGUGAAAUUGUCAAGCGCUUUGCUACUGGCGCUAUGAGCUUUGGAAGUAUCUCACUCGAGGCCCACACGACCCUUGCCAUCUCGAUGAAUCGUAUCGGCGGCAAGAGCAACACCGGAGAAGGUGGUGAAAAUGCCGAUCGAUACAUGAACCAGGAUCCGAACCACAACAAACGAUCCGCCAUCAAGCAGAUCGCUUCCGGUCGCUUCGGCGUUACCGCCGCUUACGUUGCCAACGCCGACGACUUGCAGAUCAAGAUGGCACAAGGUGCGAAGCCUGGUGAGGGUGGAGAACUGCCGGGUUACAAGGUCACGCAGGACAUUGCCAACACCCGUCACUCGGUCGCCGGAGUGGGAUUGAUCUCUCCGCCACCUCAUCACGACAUCUACUCGAUCGAAGAUUUGGCCGAACUGAUUUACGACUUGAAGUGCGCCAACCCGAAGGCACGUGUCAGCGUCAAGCUGGUGUCCGAGGUUGGUGUCGGAGUCGUUGCUUCCGGAGUGGCCAAGGGUAAGGCGGAGCACAUUGUAAUUUCCGGCCAUGACGGCGGCACCGGAGCCAGCUCGUGGACCGGUAUCAAAUCAGCUGGUUUGCCGUGGGAGCUGGGAGUUGCCGAGACGCAUCAGGUGCUGGUGCUCAACGAUCUCCGAUCACGAGUUGUCGUCCAAGCCGACGGUCAGCUGCGUACGGGCUUCGACGUCGUGGUGGCUGCGAUCCUCGGCGCCGAUGAGUUCGGCUUCAGUACUGCGCCGCUCAUCGUGAUGGGUUGUACUAUGAUGCGCAAGUGUCACCUGAACACGUGCCCCGUUGGUAUCGCCACCCAGGAUCCGGUUCUGCGCGCCAAAUUCGCCGGAAAGCCCGAGCAUGUCAUCAACUUUUUCUUCAUGCUUGCAGAGGAGAUUCGUGAAAUUAUGGCCAGCCUUGGUUUGCGUAAGUUCCAGGAGUUGAUUGGACGCACCGACCUGUUGCAACUUCGUGAAGAUCUUACCAACAAGCCCGCACUGCUCGAUCUGCAGAUGUUGUUGAAGAGCGCAUUGGAUCUACGUCCCGGUACAAACAUUAUCGGAGGAUCGAUCAAGCAGGACUUUGUGCUGGAGAAUCGUGCCGACUACGGUCUGAUUGAGAAGGCCCGCGGUGUUAUUGCUGGUUCCGAAAAGUCAAUCACGCUGGACAUGCAUAUUAGGAACGAAGAGCGUGCAUUUACCAGCACUCUGAGCUACGAAAUUGCACGUAAAUAUGGUGAUGCUGGAUUACCGGACGGACACUCGAUCAACAUCAACUUGAAGGGUUCGGCAGGACAGAGCUUUGGCGCUUUCCUGGUCAAGGGCGUUACCCUGAAUUUGGUUGGUGACGCAAACGAUUACGUCGGCAAGAGCUUGUCCGGUGGAACGAUCAUCAUCCGUCCACCGGCAGAGUCUACGUUUGAGUCGCAUCUGAACGUGAUUGUGGGCAACGUUUGUCUGUACGGAGCUACAUCGGGUAAGGCGCACUUCCGAGGUAUCGCGGCUGAACGUUUCUGUGUGAGGAAUUCGGGUGUCACGGCUGUGGUUGAAGGUGUUGGAGAUCAUGGUUGCGAGUACAUGACGGGAGGAUUGGUGUUGAUCCUGGGAUUGACUGGACGAAACUUUGCCGCCGGUAUGUCCGGAGGUAUCGCUUACGUGCUGGAUGUUGAUGGUACGUUCCGCUCCAAGGUGAACCCGGGAAUGGUAGAACUUCUUGGCUUGGAACUGGACGAAGAUCGCAACGUUGUGAAGCAACUUUUGGAAGAGUUUGUUGAAACAACGGACUCUGUGCUCGCCAAGGAGCUGCUGGCACAGUGGCCCGAGCCAUGCCAGCAGUUUGUGAAGGUGUUCCCGUAUGAGUAUCAAAAGGCAUUGAAGGCACAGAAGGAAGAACAGCUGCUUCAGAAGGACAUCAAGGCGAUAACCAAUGGAACGAACAAAAAUGAACCCAAAGUUAAGGAUAUUGAGGAGUCGAUUCAGGAUGCUGCUUUGGCCAAAAAGAAGAUGGAUCAGAUUCUGGACAAAACUCGUGGAUUUAUCAAGUACAAGCGAGAGACGUCGAUCUACCGAAAUGCCGAGGAAAGGCAGAAGGAUUGGAGCGAAGUGUUCAACUUCCAGCAUGUCCGCAAGAAUCUGAAGACGCAAGCCGCGCGUUGUAUGGAGUGUGGAGUUCCAUUCUGUCAGUCCAACUCGCAUGGCUGCCCACUCGGUAACAUCAUUCCAAAGUGGAACGAUCUGGUAUUCCACGGCAGCUGGAAGGAAGCUAUCAAUCAACUUCUCCAGACCAACAAUUUCCCAGAGUUUACCGGUCGAGUGUGUCCAGCUCCUUGCGAGGGAGCCUGCGUGCUGGGUAUUUCUGAACCUGCAGUUACGAUAAAGAACAUUGAAUGUGCCAUCAUCGAUCAUGCCUUCGAGCAGGGCUGGAUCACUCCGCAGAUUCCUGCCCAACGCACAGGAAAGCGCGUGGCAAUUAUUGGAUCUGGCCCGGCUGGACUGGCCGCUGCUCAACAGCUUAACAAGGCAGGCCACUUGGUUACAGUUUUCGAGCGGAACGAUCGUCCCGGAGGUCUACUGCAAUACGGUAUUCCGACUAUGAAGCUGUCGAAAGAAGUCGUCAAGCGUCGUACUGAUUUGAUGGCCGCCGAAGGUAUCAUUUUCGCAUGCAACGUAAACAUCGGCAAGGAUCUGAUGCCGUCGCAGCUGGAGAAGGACUACGAUGCGGUGCUGUUCACGACCGGAGCCACCUGGCCACGUGAUCUGAACCUGCCGAACCGUGACCUCAAGGGUAUUCACUUCGCCAUGGAGUUCCUGGAGGGCAGCCAGAAGAAACUGCUCGGAACGCGCCAGGAGUGCAUUUCGGCCGAAGGAAAGGACGUGCUCGUCAUUGGCGGUGGAGACACCGGAUGUGAUUGCAUUGCGACGUCGCUGCGACAGGGUGCCAAAACGAUCACCACGUUCGAGAUUCUUCCCACGCCCCCGGAGAAGCGAGCCCACGACAACCCGUGGCCACAGUGGCCGAAGAUCUUCCGAGUGGACUAUGGCCACGAGGAGGUUCGCGUCAAGUGGGGCAAGGAUCCCCGCCAGUACUCGACCACCACGAAGGAGUUCGUCAGCGAUGGCAACGGUCACAUCAAGGGAGUCAACACGGUCCAGGUUGAGUGGACGCAGAGUCCAACCGGUCAGUGGAGCAUGAAGGAGGUCGCUGGAUCGGAGAAGUACUUCCCGGCUGACCUUAUUCUGCUUGCCAUGGGCUUCCUAGGCCCGGAAAAGGCAGCUCCCACAGAGAUGAAUCUCGACCUGGACGGCAGAGGAAACAUCAAAACCACGGUCGGAACUUAUGGCACGACGAAUCCGAAGGUGUUCGCAGCCGGCGAUUGCCGCCGAGGACAGUCGCUGGUCGUCUGGGCCAUCUCCGAGGGUCGUCAGGCGGCUCGUCAAAUCGACAGCUAUCUGAUCGGCAAGCCGAGCUCGCUGCCCGGACCGGGAGGAGUCGUUGAUCCGACUCGGGCGCCGUAAAUCUUUAAGGAUGUUGUUGUGAAGCGUGUUGAUUAACAUCAGUACAGUGAAGCUAUUUAUCUCUAGUGAUAGUUUCAGUAGUGUUAGUUCCAGAAAAUGCAUUAACAUUCAGACAGGAAACGAAUGUAACAGGUUUACAAAACGCAGAUAAGCACGUCCAGAUGGUUUCCGCGAGAAACCUUGUUCGAUGGCAGUAAUUCUAGUGAUUCUCAUAAGAUUUUCAAAUUGUUUCGUUUUUUGUUUCUUAAAAAUGCAUGCAGUUGAGUUUCUUCAUCGAGUACAUAGUAUACAGGCAUUAUUUACCAGAACUCAUGUUUAGACUUAUGUUACAAUCUAAAUGAAUCAACUAUCUUGUAUUAUCAUUAGACGUUAAACACUGCUUAGUAAAGAUGAAUAAACGCAUAUUUUAUUUUUGUACCGUCAAAAAGCUCAUCGUUUACAACAUUAUUUAUAAUUUAUCCACAGGAAAUCUUUUCGAAACUAUUUAAAAUGUGAUUACACAAUUGCUUGGUUACACUGUGAUGUGAUAUGUUAUAAGCAAAUCAAUGUGCUAGCUGUGAAAUGACAAAAUUGUCAUUUUUGCAGAUUAUGUGAAGGAAAACUUUAAUCAUGUUGAUUAGACACUAUUGCAGUUUUGUUUUGUUGGAAAUACAUUCACACUUUUCUUUUCGUUUUA